AUGGCAUCCGAUAGCAUCGUUAUCGUUGGAGCAGGAAUCAUUGGCCUCGAUGUCGCUCUCGCUUUAUCUGAGCAAGGCCAUGGUAAAAGCAUCACAAUUAUAGCUGAAUAUCUCCCCGGCGACACCGCAGCAUCAUACACCUCACCAUGGGCUGGCUGUAAUUUCUCUGCUAUAUCUGGUACCGAUGCCAACGCUAUCAAAUGGGAUAUGUAUGGCUACGCACACCUGAGAAAACUCGCGUCGGAGAACUCUGAUAAAUCUUUUGUUAAAAAGACUCCUUCAAUUGAAUUUUGGGACGACAAUGUGCCGCACGAUAAGAUCAAGGCAAUGGGCAACUAUCUAGAGGAUUUUCGUGUUCUGCCUGACAAGGAUCUUCCCCAAGGCGUGAAGUUUGGCUGUGCUUUCACCACUCUAACCAUCAAUGCGCCAGAACACUGCCAAUACCUACACAAAAGAUUGAGGGACGAAUAUGGCGUGACCUUUGUGCGGAAGAGGCUUCCAAGCAUCCACGCUGCUUAUGCUAGUCCGACAACCAAGGUUGUGUUUAACUGCACAGGUCUUGCGGCAGAAACACUGGAAGGCGUGCCCAUAUCGAAUGGAAAUGUCAUUCUUGGGGGCUACAUGCAAAAGGGUGUUAGCGACAACAGUACAUAUUCACACGAAAGCGAGUCGAUUCUCGAACGUACAAUUGGUUUGAGUGUUGAGUUACAGAAACAGGAUCCUGAAGUCUUGGCUGCAUUCUCUGGUCUCCGACCGUCCCGGGAAGGUGGUGCACGUAUCGAAAGGUCUUCAAUCUCUGUUAAUGAGGAGGACCGGCCAAUCGUGCAUAAUUAUGGUGCGGGCGGCACAGGAUUUCAGGCUGGAUAUGGUAUGGCGUUGGAUGCUGUCAAGAGUAUUGAGGACAUCCUGAGCGCAAUCCCCAUUAGGGCAUCGCUGUAA